CCACCUCUUUCACCAGUUGCUCGAAAGCCAAAAACAGAGAAAAGGAAAAAAAAGAAAAUGGUUCUACUAACACCACCACGAACUCCGGGCCGUGCUGCAACGGCGAUAGCCGGCUCAUCGAAGCGGCUGAUGGUGAAUUUCAUCGGUUCGAUGUCUUUGUUAGCUUUGUGGUUGAAGAAAGCAAGCCGAGGAAUUAAAACCCAAAAACUCGGGAGCGAUUCGCCCAAAUCGCCGCUAGCGAAGCCGAAGGAGUUUUUCGCGACGAUUAGUAAAAAAGCGAUUAAUCUGAGGCACAAGAAGAAAGCGAAAGGAGAGCUUGUAGAUGAAGAUUUCGGCGACGGAGGGCUUUGGCAGAGGGGGAUUUUGAUGGGAGACAAAUGUCAGCCGUUGGAUUUCUCCGGCGUGAUUUAUUACGAUAGCGAGGGGAAUCGAUUGCAGGAGGUGCCGAUGAGGUCUCCGAGGGCGAGUCCGUUGCCGAGUUAUCUUUACGCUACACCAAAGUGAAUUAGAGAGAGAAAGUAUCAGUUAGUUGAUGCUCUGUUUUUAGGCAUGUAGUUUUGGUUGGUCAGUUUUCUCUCUGUCUACAGCUUAAACUUUUUUUAAAUUUUAAUUGUUGUUAUUAUGCUGGUUUGGUUUGGGUUAAUUACAAAGAGAGAGCGCAUAUAUGAGCUAGCUCUCCUAAAUCUGGAGAAAAUACUGUAUAAAAAAGGUUUUUGAAUUUAGUGGAAUAAACUGAAUUUGGGCUAUAA